CAAACCACAACCUGGAGAGGAAGACGAACCUCCAUCGUUUUCUGCCGACGAAAGGACUUCGCGAUGAAGUAAAUAAACUGAAAGCAACAUGAACACUGUCGAAAAGAAGCUCGCGGACCUGAUCCGCGACCACCCGAAUCUGUACGACCAAUCACGGCGAGACUACAAGGACAACCUGAAGGGGCAUCUGUCCUGGAAAGAGAUCGCAGACAACAUGGGAAAGUCGGAGGAAGAGGUGAAGCUGAAAUGGAAAAAUCUACGCGACAAGUUCUGCAAAGCGAAGAAGCGAAUGGCGAAGAGAAACUUCCCUCAGCUGACAGAACACGAGAACCCGGUGGAGAGGCCUGUCCCGGUGCUGUACCACCAGCUGGCCUGGCUCAGCGCCUAUGUCAAACCCAGACCAGGAACUGGCACGGGAGAGCCCGACGAGGGAGCUGGAAGUGGGGAUGACCUGGAGAAAGAGCAGGAAAAAGAGCGAGAUAAAGAUGAGAAGGAGCAGCAUGGUCCCCUGCCUGUCGUUAGCACUAGCUUUUCUCAUGUGGAGGCCUGUCCAAACAGCCUUCAGGAGGUGGGGGUCUCUCUUAAACGUAAAAGGCAAAUCGCCACAGAAACUGAGAUAAGUUCUGCAGAUGCCCUCACCAGCCUCAGAGAUGAAGAUGAACUGUUCCUGCUUAGCCUUCUGCCCUCAUUGAAGAGGCUUACCAUUAAAAAAAGAAUGGAGGUGCGGAUGAAAUUCCAGCAUGUGCUUUAUGCCGCAGAGUUUGAGGACUAAAGGGCUCUUUAAAAGGCAAAAUUGACUGAUAGUGGCUUGUCAUGUUGAGGCUGUAUGUUGUGAUGUUGUUGUGUUAGACUGCAUGAUGUUAAGAGAUGUGUUUGAUAUUUUGUCUACACCCAUUUAUGUCACUGGGACUCAGGCCAGCCUGUACAAAACAUGUAAACCUGUUAAUCUGGUAACUCCAUUAGCUGAUUACCUUUUCUAUUGAAAAGUUCUCUUUUAUAUUUACAGAUAUGACGCACAAUUACACAAUAUUAUAACUGCUCAUGGUGUUAUUGCUGUGAACUGAUGACUGACUGACAGCACAGUGUCAACUCACAUUAACAGUCAAGUCAAUGUGUUAAAAUAGCUGCAAAUGUAAAUACAGUUGUUUUCUUUAACUUUGUAGCUGAAUUAUUUCUACCAUAUAUUUUUAAAAAUAAAUAUUUUCUUGCUUCUGCAA